CCAAUCCAAGGACUCGACGGACAAACCCAACCCUUCUUAAUUACUAAUGCAGAAUCAAAGAUUACCAAAAAUGAGAACUUUAGUACUACUGCCUGCAGCAAUGCUUUCAUGGCUCCCACUUCUCCUACUCUCCAUCUCAUGGAUUUCUUCCGUUUCAGCCACCUCUGGCUCAUUUAUUCACUGCCUUUUGAGCCAUUCUCAGCCCUCUCAUCCAAUCUCUGCAGCUAUCUAUACUCCCAGCAAUGGCUCCUACUCUUCUGUUCUGCAAUCUUACAUCCGGAACCUCCGAUUCAACAUGUCCACAACCCGAAAACCUUAUCUUAUUCUCACUGCUUUGCAUGAGUCCCAUAUUCAAGCAGCUGUGGUUUGUGCUCACAGGCACAAUCUGCAAAUGAAGAUUAGAAGUGGAGGCCAUGACUAUGAGGGUGUUUCUUAUGUUGCCGAGGUCCCGUUCUUUAUCCUCGACAUGUUUAAUCUCCGUUCCAUUCACAUUGAUAUGGAAAGUGAGACCGCUUGGGUCCAGACUGGGGCAACUCUCGGCGAGGUUUACUAUAGAAUCUACGAGAAAAGUAAAACCCAUGGCUUUCCUGCUGGUGUUUGUCCCACAGUCGGUGUCGGUGGGCAUUUUAGCGGAGGAGGUUAUGGUAAUAUGAUGAGAAAGUACGGCCUGUCAGUGGAUAACAUUAUUGACGCUCAGAUUGUCGACGUUAAGGGCAAACUUCUUGACAGAAAAUCUAUGGGAGAAGAUCUGUUUUGGGCCAUUACAGGUGGUGGAGGAGCUAGCUUUGGAGUGGUUGUUUCUUACAAAAUCAAAAUUGUUCGCGUUCCGAAAACAGUGACUGUUUUCCGAGUUGAGAAGACCUUGGACCAAAAUGCAACACACAUCGUUUACCGGUGGCAACAUGUUGCAGAUAAGCUGGAUAACAACCUUUUCAUCAGGCUUAUCCUGGACGUGGUAAAUGGAACUGAUGGCCAGAAGACUGGAAGAGCUACAUUCCUUGCCUUGUUCCUUGGAGACUCUGACAAACUUCUCCUAGUCAUGAAAAAGAGCUUCCCUGAAUUGGGAUUGAAAAAAUCAGAUUGCAACGAAACCAGCUGGGUUCAAUCUGUGCUUUUCUGGACCAACUUCCCUCUCGGGACAGCAAACGAUGUUUUGCUCAGCCGAACACCUCAAUCUCUAACCUACUUGAAGAGGAAAUCAGACUAUGUGAAGAAGCCAAUUUCCAAGGAUGGGUUAGAGCUGAUUUGGAAGAGAUUGAUUGAACUGCAGUACGUAAUACUAACAUUCAAUCCUUAUGGUGGAAGAAUGGCUGAGAUUCCAGCGGAGGAAUCUCCAUUCCCACAUCGAGCUGGGAAUCUAGCAAAGAUUCAGUAUGCAGUAAACUGGAAUCAGGCAGGGCAAGAGUUGACAAAUUACUAUAUAAAUCUAACAAGAAAGCUUUACAGUUACAUGACUCCAUAUGUGUCCAAGAAUCCAAGAGAGGCCUUUUACAACUACAAAGAUCUUGACCUAGGUAUCAACCACAACGGAAAGGACAGUUACUCGGAAGGAAAAGUUUAUGGAAUCAAGUAUUUCAAGGGUAAUUUCAAGAGGUUGGUGAAAAUCAAGAGUCAGGUUGAUCCUGGUAACUUCUUUAGGAAUGAACAAAGUAUCCCUACUCGGCCGCACGGACGGUAGUGUAUGUGUAUGCACACACAUUAUUGGUGCCUCGCUGGCUAGGAUUUCAGCGCUUAAAGUAUUUCUUCUUGUGUGUACUAUAGCUAUUUGAUUGCCAGAAAUAUUUCCUAAAAAAUAGAAAAUAUUAUUGUUCCUUGUUAAGAACAAAAGCAAAGCUGAUGAUCCGUUGUGGAAAUAGAAAUUGAAACAGCUCCAAAUAUAUGUACGUAUGGAAUAGCUAGCUA